AAAAUGGAGGUUUACCAGACAGAGGAAGGUGUACCAAGAUGUCCGACGGCGCGGACGAUAGGCUGUCGUCAUAGUGACGCAGCCGAUGGAUGUGUGGGGCCCAGGUAUCCUACGACUGCCCGGAAUAAUCUGGCGCCCUGUGGCCCCUGGCCCCUAGUUUAGCAUUCCCCCCCAGACCUUGGUGCUGACGCUGGGACCUGACCCUCCUCCGCUCAAGAGACAACAUGGCGGAAGAAGCAGAUGUGGACAUUGAGGGGGAUGUGACUGAGUCAUCCAGGGGGACCUCUGAGAGUCUGAGCGUCGCCUUUGUUCCUGACCGUUACUUAGACUCCGUGUGGAAACGGGAUGAUGUUCUGACUCCGUGGACCCUGGAUCACACGAUCAGUGAUGAGAACCGAGCCGCCAUUGAGAAGAUGCUGCUUGAAGAAGAAUACUAUCUAUCUAACAAGCCCCUUCCGGGGAAGCUGUGGUCCGAGUCUAAGGAUGGAGAAAAGAGCUACAUAAAAAGAAGCCCACAGAAGAAAGCGUCUCGUGUUGCUGCGUCGCCGGCUAAGCCAGGCAGCAGCGCCGUGAAGUGGACGGCGGAGGAGAAAGACCUCUUCGAACAGGGAUUGGCAGAGUAUGGCAGACGUUGGACAAACAUCGCCAGGCUGAUCAGGAGCCGCACCGUCUUACAAGUCAAGAGCUACGCCAGGCAGUAUUUCAAAAAUAAGUGCAAGACGGAGGAUGGUGAGGAGGAAGACAAGGUGGGUCCCGCAGAUCUUCAUGUCUUCCAUUCAGAAGACUCCAAGGCAGGAGCUGCCAGAGGUGACGAAUUGUCCACAUUCCGAGGACGAGCUGACCCCAACCUCAAUGCUGUUAAGAUUGAAACAUUAUCGGACGAUGAGGAGAUCGACAUAACAGACGAGAUGGACGAGGCACUUGCUGAUAAGAGAGAUCUUUCUGACACGCUAAUAAAUCCAGCAGAUGAUCUCUGCCACGGUAUAAAGGAAGAGACCAUUGCUACAGUAAUAGACCAUAGUCCUUCUGCAGCAGGGCACAAGCACACAGAGGUUGCCGGACCUGAGGAGCUCUGCCAUAAUGAUGCUGGUGACCGUCUUCACUCCUCUACGAGUGGGACCCACGGUGAUAUUCCGGCUUCCAAUCCACAAGGCGACGUCUCUCCCCAUAAAGACUCUCAAGAGAAAGACGCUUGCAGUCCUCCGGUAUCUUCCCCUCGAUCCUAUGACCACGAACAUGACAACCAAUAUGAAACAGAGGAACUGAAACCUCCCGACCAGGAAGUAGAAAUAGUCCGAGAUUUCAUUCAGGAGGAGGAAAAACAGGCAAUCCCUGAGUUUUUCGAGGGUCGCCAAGCCAAAACCCCAGAACGCUAUCUUAGGAUCCGCAACUACAUCCUGGAUCGAUGGAAAAAUAGCAAGCCCAAUUACUUGAACAAAACGUCAGUGCGUCCUGGACUAAAAAACUGUGGGGAUGUCAACUGCAUUGGGCGUAUCCACACGUACCUGGAAUUAAUUGGAGCCAUUAACUUUGGCUGCGAGCAAGCCGUUUACAACAGACCCCGACCAGUGGAUAAAACAAAGUACAAAAUGGGGAAGGAUACUUUGGAAGCGUACGAGCUAGCCCAUCGCCUGGAGUCUAUGCGCACUAGGCGGCGGCGUGUCAGAGACCCGUGGGGGAACUGGUGCGAUCCUCGGGAUCUGGAAGGACAGACUUUUGAGCACCUAUCGGCAGAAGAGCUAGCGAGGAGGCGCGAGAUCAUCAAUACAUCAAAGUGUCCAAAGGGAUCAAGAACAUCCAAGAGCUCUUUCGACCCCUUCCAGCUGAUCCACUGCUCUGACUUUACAGAGGACAAACAGGCUCCGUUCCGAGUGAAAGUAUCCGCGGAAGCCAUGUUGGUAUUAGAUUUGCACGCUCAUGUCUCUAUGGCGGAGGUCAUUGGCUUAUUGGGUGGAAGUUACUCUGAAGCAGAUCGUACUAUUGAAAUCUGGGCCGCAGAACCGUGCAACAGCCUCAGUACCGGGCUGCAGUGUGAGAUGGACCCAGUGUCCCAGACCCAGGCAUCCGAGGCCCUAUCCAUGCGAGGCUACAGGGUCAUCGGGUGGUACCACUCCCAUCCAGCCUUCGACCCCAACCCUUCCAUCCGAGAUAUCGACACUCAGGCCAAGUACCAGAGUUAUUUUUCCCGGGGCGGAGCAAAGUUUUUGGGGAUGAUCAUAAGUCCGUACAAUCGCAACAACCCCCUCCCCCAGUCCCAGCUGUCCUGUCUGGUCAUUAGUGAUGAGCUAAGCGAAGAUGGCUCAUACAGAAUACCAUACCGGUUUGAUGUGGAGCCCAUGUCCGGAGAGCCGCACUGGGAAAUUGUGUUUGAGAAAACUAGAUGGAUAAUUGAGAAGUACCGGCAGUCACACAGCAGCGUUCCUAUGGACAGGAGGUUCCGACAGGACUGCGACCUCACAUGCUUACAGAAGCUCCUGACGUGUUUGAGGAGGACGCUGGUCAAUGCCGACUGCUCAAUAUACGCCGACGAGUUUCUUAGUCGAAUCGAAGAUUAUUUCCUCACCAGCUACACAAGUUAUAAGGACAUAGAUGAGGUGGGGGAAGCACCGCCAGCCCCUUCCAAUACAGAGCAUUGCAUCUCCACAUCAACAAUGGACACAUUAGCUGGGGAUUAAAUCUUUCACUUACGUCAUUUCCAGGUGAACUAUAGUGGGGUAAUGAUACCGCCCAACUGUGGGUCAUCACUGAACGCCGGCCAGCCUGGAAACCGGGGAUCAUUGUGCAGCGCUGCUAGAACGUUACUUCCAUCACUGAGCGCCGGCCAUCCUGGAAACCGGGGAUCAUUGUGCAGCGCUGCUAGAACGUUACUUCCAUCACUGAGCGCCGGCCAGCCUGGAAACCGGGGAUCAUUGCAGCGCUGCAAGAACGUUACUUCCAUCACUGAGCGCCGGCCAUCCUGGAAACCGGGGAUCAUUGCAGCGCUACAAGAGCGUUACUUCCAUCACUGAGCGCCGGCCAGCCUGGAAACCGGGGAUCAUUGUGCAGCGCUGCUAGAACGUUACUUCCAUCACUGAGUGCCGGCCAUCCUGGAAACCGGGGAUCAUUGUGCAGCGCUACAAGAACGCUACUUCCAUCACUGAGUGCCGGCCAUCCUGGAAACCGGGGAUCAUUGCAGCGCUACAAGAGCGUUACUUCCAUCACUGAGCGCCGGCCAGCCUGGAAACCGGGGAUCAUUGUGCAGCGCUGCUAGAACGUUACUUCCAUCACUGAGUGCCGGCCAUCCUGGAAACCGGGGAUCAUUGUGCAGCGCUACAAGAACGUUACUUCCAUCACUGAGUGCCGGCCAGCCUGGAAACCGGGGAUCAUUGCAGCGCUACAAGAGCGUUACUUCCAUCACUGAGCGCCGGCCAGCCUGGAAACCGGGGAUCAUUGUGCAGCGCUACAAGAACGUUACUUCCAUCACUGAGCGCCGGCCAUCCUGGAAACCGGGGAUCAUUGUGCAGCGCUACAAGAGCGUUACUUCCAUCACUGAGCGCCGGCCAGCCUGGAAACCGGGGAUCAUUGUGCAGCGCUACAAGAACGUUACUUCCAUCACUGAGCGCCGGCCAGCCUGGAAACCGGGGAUCAUUGCAGCGCUGCAAGAACGUUACUUCCAUCACUGAGCGCCGGCCAGCCUGGAAACCGGGGAUCAUUGUGCAGCGCUGCUAGAACGUUACUUCCAUCACUGAGCGCCGGCCAUCCUGGAAACCGGGGAUCAUUGCAGCGCUACAAGAGCGUUACUUCCAUCACUGAGCGCCGGCCAGCCUGGAAACCGGGGAUCAUUGUGCAGCGCUGCUAGAACGUUACUUCCAUCACUGAGUGCCGGCCAUCCUGGAAACCGGGGAUCAUUGUGCAGCGCUACAAGAACGCUACUUCCAUCACUGAGUGCCGGCCAUCCUGGAAACCGGGGAUCAUUGCAGCGCUACAAGAGCGUUACUUCCAUCACUGAGCGCCGGCCAGCCUGGAAACCGGGGAUCAUUGUGCAGCGCUGCUAGAACGUUACUUCCAUCACUGAGUGCCGGCCAUCCUGGAAACCGGGGAUCAUUGUGCAGCGCUACAAGAACGUUACUUCCAUCACUGAGUGCCGGCCAGCCUGGAAACCGGGGAUCAUUGCAGCGCUACAAGAGCGUUACUUCCAUCACUGAGCGCCGGCCAGCCUGGAAACCGGGGAUCAUUGUGCAGCGCUACAAGAACGUUACUUCCAUCACUGAGCGCCGGCCAUCCUGGAAACCGGGGAUCAUUGUGCAGCGCUACAAGAGCGUUACUUCCAUCACUGAGCGCCGGCCAGCCUGGAAACCGGGGAUCAUUGUGCAGCGCUACAAGAACGUUACUUCCAUCACUGAGCGCCGGCCAGCCUGGAAACCGGGGAUCAUUGCAGCGCUGCAAGAACGUUACUUCCAUCACUGAGCGCCGGCCAUCCUGGAAACCGGGGAUCAUUGCAGCGCUGCAAGAACGUUACUUCCAUCACUGAGCGCCGGCCAUCCUGGAAACCGGGGAUCAUUGUGCAGCGCUGCUAGAACGUUACUUCCAUCACUGAGUGCCGGCCAGCCUGGAAACCGGGGAUCAUUGUGCAGCGCUACAAGAACGUUACUUCCAUCACUGAGCGCCGGCCAGCCUGGAAACCGGGGAUCAUUGUGCAGCGCUACAAAACGUUACUUCCAUCACUGAGUGCCGGCCAGCCUGGAAACCGGGGAUCAUUGUGCAGCGCUACAAGAACGUUACUUCCAUCACUGAGUGCCGGCCAGCCUGGAAACCGGGGAUCAUUGUGCAGCGCUACAAGAACGUUACUUCCAUCACUGAGCGCCGGCCAGCCUGGAAACCGGGGAUCAUUGUGCAGCGCUACAAGAACGUUACUUCCAUCACUGAGCGCCGGCCAGCCUGGAAACCGGGGAUCAUUGUGCAGCGCUACAAGAACGUUACUUCCAUCACUGAGCGCCGGCCAGCCUGGAAACCGGGGAUCAUUGUGCAGCGCUACAAGAACGUUACUUCCAUCACUGAGUGCCGGCCAGCCUGGAAACCGGGGAUCAUUGUGCAGCGCUACAAGAACGUUACUUCCAUCACUGAGCGCCGGCCAGCCUGGAAACCGGGGAUCAUUGUGCAGCGCUACAAGAGCGUUACUUCCAUCACUGAGUGCCGGCCAUCCUGGAAACCGGGGAUCAUUGUGCAGCGCUACAAGAGCGUUACUUCCAUCACUGAGCGCCGGCCAGCCUGGAAACCGGGGAUCAUUGUGCAGCGCUACAAGAACGCUACUUCCAUCACUGAGUGCCGGCCAGCCUGGAAACCGGGGAUCAUUGUGCAGCGCUACAAGAACGUUACUUCCAUCACUGAGCGCCAGCCAUCCUGGAAACCGGGGAUCAUUGUGCAGCGCUGCUAGAACGUUACUUCCAUCACUGAGCGCCGGCCAUCCUGGAAACCGGGGAUCAUUGUGCAGCGCUACAAGAACGUUCCUUCCAUCACUGAGCGCCGGCCAUCCUGGAAACCGGGGAUCAUUGUGCAGCGCUGCUAGAACGUUACUUCCAUCACUGAGCGCCAGCCAUCCUGGAAACCGGGGAUCAUUGUGCAGCGCUACAAGAACGUUCCUUCCAUCACUGAGCGCCGGCCAUCCUGGAAACCGGGGAUCAUUGUGCAGCGCUGCUAGAACGUUACUUCCAUCACUGAGCGCCAGCCAUCCUGGAAACCGGGGAUCAUUGUGCAGCGCUGCUAGAACGUUCCUUCCAUCACUGAGCGCCGGCCAUCCUGGAAACCGGGGAUCAUUGUGCAGCGCUGCUAGAACGUUACUUCCAUCACUGAGCGCCAGCCAUCCUGGAAACCGGGGAUCAUUGUGCAGCGCUACAAGAACGUUCCUUCCAUCACUGAGCGCCGGCCAUCCUGGAAACCGGGGAUCAUUGUGCAGCGCUGCUAGAACGUUACUUCCAUCACUGAGCGCCAGCCAUCCUGGAAACCGGGGAUCAUUGUGCAGCGCUGCUAGAACGUUACUUCCAUCACUGAGCGCCGGCCAUCCUGGAAACCGGGGAUCAUUGUGCAGCGCUACAAGAACGUUACUUCCAUCACUGAGCGCCAGCCAUCCUGGAAACCGGGGAUCAUUGUGCAGCGCUACAAGAACGUUCCUUCCAUCACUGAGCGCCGGCCAUCCUGGAAACCGGGGAUCAUUGUGCAGCGCUGCUAGAACGUUACUUCCAUCACUGAGCGCCAGCCAUCCUGGAAACCGGGGAUCAUUGUGCAGCGCUACAAGAAAAUUAAGGGCCUAAUUCAAGGUUGAUCGCAAAAUCUUCCUCUAAUGGGCUAAACCAUGUGCACUGCAGGUGGGGCAGAUGUAACAUGUGCAGACAAAGUUAGAUUUGGGUGGAGUGUGUUCAAACUAAUCUAAAUUGCAGUGUAAAAAUAAAGCAGCCAGUAUUUACCCUGCACAGAAACACUAUAACCCACCCAAAUCUAACUCUCUGCACAUGUUACAUCUGCCCCACCUGCAGUGCAACAUGGUUUUGCCCAUUAGAGGAAGAUUUUGCUUGUGCAAUCAACCUUGAAUCAGGCCCUAAUUCCAUCACUGAACGCCGGCCAGCCUGGAAACCGGGGAUCAUUGGGCAGCGCUGCAAGAACGUUAAUUAAGACUUCAGAUCAAUCCUCAUUAUAGACUACUGACUGCUCCGCUUUUUUUGAUAGAUUCUGUUCUUCUGAUUGAACGCUCUUGUUAUUGUCUAUUGUGCAAGACACCCAGUAACCUGCUAAAUAUAAUUAAUGAUAUUCAGA